AUGACAUCUUUCAAGACAAUGCAGGGACUGGUGGUUGGGAAGGUCCUGGAGUGUGAGAAGAUUGCAAACAAGGACAAGCUCAAGAAGCUCGUGGUUGAUAUCGGGGGAGACGAACAAAUCCAGGUCGUCACGAACGCGCCCAACGUAGUUGAGGGGUCCAACGUAAUCGUUGCAACUAUUGGAUCAAAGGUUCAACUUGACGGCGAGGACGUGGAGGUCAAGGAGGCGACGGUGGGAGGAGAGAAGAGUCAGGGUAUGCUGUGUGACUCCGUCAUGCUAGGAUGGUCAGGAGGAGGAGCAGGGAAUGCGGCACUGGUGCCAGACACCUUCAGUCCAGGGGACGCUCCCCCGGAAAAGCGACCAAGGAUGGACGGCAAGACGACUGAGUCGGUGGAGGAGGAGGCAGCUCCCCUGAGUGCCAAGGAAAAGAGAAAGGCAGCAAAAGAAGCAAAGAAGGCGGCAAAAGGUUUCUCCUUGAAACCUUUUGAAUGA